GCCGCUAACUUUGGAUAAGUAGGGCAGUAAGAUGCCCAAAAGCGAUACCUGGCCAGGUGGCAUUGGAUUGGAGACGAUGACCGGUAUGGACAGUGCUGGCAGCUGUGACAGUGUUGUCAGUGCCAAUUCUGGCUUUAGUGAUGACAGUCUGGAGUACUUGUCUGCUGAAGAGAAGGCCUGUCUUAUGUUUUUGGAGGAGACUAUUGAGUCUUUGGAUACUGAAGAGGAUAGCGGACUGUCCAAUGACGAACCUGACCAACUGUCCAACCCAGGCAACCUUGCUACCAUACUGACUGACCUGUCAGCCUCCAUGAGCAAAAGCAAGCUCAAUGGCUCACCAACACAGUUCUCUGAGAAACCCAUCAAGGAAAAGGCUGACACCAAACCCAUGCAGAGCUACUUAGUUCCUACACCUUUUGUUAUGGCAAACAGCAAUACUGCAUUCAAUGCUAAAUCAGGUGUUUCCCCAGAUAACAACUUCUGCUCUAAGCCUCAGAUCCCUCCUUCAACCAACAAAUCUGGUCACCAAUACAACCAGAAACCUCCUCGAGUACCUUUAGAGGUUAAGGUUGUGAUACCUCCUCCCACCAAACCCAGAGACUACUCAGUUAGGACACCUGAGGGUCCUUUACCUAGAGGGCCUCUGUCCUACGAAGCGCUUGUUCAUCUGCGGAGGAAUGCCUCCACAAAGAAAACCCCAUUAUGUCCCACAGUUGAUCAUACUAUAGACUUGGACAAGCACCCUCGUGUCAUCGUGGAAGGCCCAAACCUUAGAGAUCUGUCAAGAUCUGACAAAUCACACUCAGAGGCUUCCAAGUCUAAGACGGGUCCCCCAGUUUUGGCACCCAAACCCAAAAGGAUUCCUGCCAAUAUAUCUGUGAUGACACAAAAUGAAGUACCCAUAAACUCAGAAUCUCCACACGAUGUCAAGCAUCCAACAGAUCCAAAGUUAGUGAGACUGGAAGCUUUGCAGAAGCUGGGCCUCCUGAAGGACGAACAGCCAGAAAAUGAGGCAGUGGUACACCCUAAACCUGGACCCUCUUCAGAUCCAACUCCCAACAGAUUUGUAAAAGGUCCUGCUAACAUUAACACAUCAAGAAGCCCAUCUUUUUGUUAUUCUCAAAUGGCCACAGAACCAAAGAACAAACCUCUGCAGAGCAGUGCCAGUUUCCACUACCACUCCAGACAUGACCAACAGUCUGAGUCUGUAUCAUAUCCUACCCAACCCAAUGAAUCAGAGGCACCCCGUCGAGAGCGCUCUACCACCCUGGACAACCACAGAAACGGUGAAUACUGUCCUGAACCACAACGCACCACAGCAGCUGAACCAGUGAAAACCACCACUGCAGCAAAGCCUGUACCCCAAAAACCCUCAAACCCUGUUGGAUACACUGUGAUGAUGGUGCCUGGGAUGGGAGCUGAUCGGAAAGAGGCUCUCAGAAAGCUGGGGCUGCUCAAAGACUAA